AUGGCCAAUUUCACACGGAUGACUGAGUUCUUCCUGGAAGUUUUUGCUGAGACUUGGGAGCUGCGAUUCCUACUUAGUGUGUUUUUUCUGCUGGUUUAUCUGGGCAGCCUGUUAGGGAACCUAACGAUCAUCAUUGCUAUUACAGUUGACCAGACUCUGAACACACCCAUGUACUUCUUCCUCAGGAAUCUGUCUAUUUUAGACAUGUGCUACGUUUCUGUCACUGUACCCAAUGCCUGUAUCAACUCUCUCACUGAUCACAGAAAUAUUUCUGUAGGUGGGUGUGCAGCACAGAUCUUUUCCUUCUUAUUUUGUGCAUGUGUAGAGAUGCUGUUUCUCACAAUCAUGUCCCAGGACCGCUAUGUGGCCAUCUGCAAGCCUCUUCUCUACCCUGUGAUUAUGAACCACCAGUUCUGUGUUCAGAUGACACUGGCUUCCCUACUUGGCUCUCUUGGUUUUGCAAGUGUGCACACUCUCAAAACUUUCCAGCUUUCCUUCUGUCACUCUAAUGUGGUCCAUCGGUUCUUCUGUGAUAUGCCUGCUUUGCUAAGGCUUUCUUGCUCUGACACCUUCAACAACAAACUCUUAAUUCUUCUUUCUGUCAUUGGCAUUGGUAGUAGCUGUUUUAUAUUCAUUGCUGUAUCAUAUGCUCGCAUAUUAUCAACUGUGUUGAAGGUUCCUGUCAAAGAACAGCGAGGGAAAGCCUUUUCCACCUGUGUCCCUCACAUUAUUGUUGUGUUUAUGUUUUUUAGUUCUGCUGCUUAUGUGUACCUAAGACCUCCAGUAAUCUCAAAGAUAGUUGAGGAGAUGAUUCUUUCUGUAUUUUAUACCAUUAUUCCUCCAUUCUUGAAUCCUAUCAUUUAUAGUCUUCGAAACAAACAGAUAAAGAAGGCUGUGAGAAAAAUUAUAUCAAGAUUUCUUUUUCAUAGUUGUAUGUAA